AUGUGUCCAGAAGGUUCAACCUCGACUAUUUCCACCAUAGGAGCAUCCAGCCAUGAAGAUCUCAUACCGAUCAACACAAGGGCCACUUACCUCAAGAGGACGACGAGACGCGAGCGCCGCCUGCUGAUGCUGCUCGUAGUUCUCGGACUGACCGCUGCGGCGCUGCUCAUCGCCCUCAUCAUCCUCGCCUGUCUCUACCUCAAGAGAAGCUAUGCCGUGCGGAUAUGUGACUCACCGGAGUGCAUCAGAUCGGCGGCGAAUCUGAAGCGCUCCAUGGACCCUACUGCGGACCCCUGCGACGACUUCUACCGCUACACGUGCGGCGGUUGGCCGAGAGACCAUCCAAUACCGGGGGCGGCGUACGCCCACAGCUGGUUCGACGAGCGGGCCGACCGCGUCCAGAUGGAGAUACGGGAUUUCCUGAAGCAGAACGACAGCGAUGAGGACCCCGAGCCCGUGAGGAAGGCCAGACUGAUGUACCGCGUCUGCAUGGACACCCAGACGCUGGAGAGCCGCGGCCUGAGCCCAGCCAAGCACGCCAUGGAGUCUGUCGGUCUGGAGCUGGAGGCUCCAGCACCACUGGGAGGGGGCGCGGUGCCCGCCCAGUCGUCGUGGUCGGCGGUGAUGGGCCGCACGCGGCGCCUGCUCGCCUACGAGACGCUGUUCGGCGUCGGCGUCUACUGGGACCUCCACAACCGCUCCGUCAACACCAUCAUGCUGGGGCGGCCCGCAAGCAAGUCGCCGCUGCCCUCGCACCAGGAGCUGGAGGAGCGCAUCCGCAAGCUGUGGCGCAUGAGGGCGCGCCAGCAGGCCCGCCCAGGGGAGCCCCGGCAGUGCAGCGGCCGGCUGUGCGCCGUCGUCAGCCAGAGUCGCAGGAAGGGGGCCUCCAGGGAGGAGCUGGCCUACGUGGACUACAUGCGCGCCGCCGCCACCCACGCACACGUCUGGACCAGGGGCAGGAGCAGCGCCGCCGCGCUGGACCGAGACCUCCAGGACGAAGCCGCCUGGAGCAUCCUGGACUUCGAGCAGAGUCUGCGCAAGGCGUACUAUGAAGAAUCUACAGGCCAGGACUACAGCCUGAUGACCGUGGCAGAGCUGCAGAAUCUGACUGACGCAGCCGCCGAGAAAGGGACCACCGACGUCAGAGUGAACUGGCGCGAGUUUCUGGAGGAGGUGUUCUCCGGGGUGGAGAACGUGACUCUGCGCCUGGAUGGUCGUGACGCAGACCUGGUGGCCGUGCUCGAUGUGGACUACCUCACCUCCGUGGCCGCCAUACUGGCCAACCACACCGCCGACACCGUCUGGACGUCGCUGUGGUGGCAGGUGUUCCGUGUGCUGUCUCCGCACACGGACCGUGCCAUGCGCCAGCUCAAGCACAACUACCUGGAGGCGUCGCUGGGCAUCCAGUUCCGGCAGGCCAGGCCCCUGCUGUGCGCCAGCGAGGUCAACCAGCUGCUGGGGAUGGUGGUGAGCUACAUGUACGUCGCAGAGCCCAGGUUCCUCAACAGCACGCGCAGGAAGGUGGAGGAAAUGAUCGAGGACAUCCAGAAGGCGUUUGAGACGCUGGUGACGCUCUCUGACUGGCUGGACCAGACCACCAAAGAGGCCACCAUCACCAAGGUCCGCGCCAUGAGCCGGCUGGUCGCCUUCCCCGACUGGCUGGCCAACAGGACCACCUUUGAGGAGUACUACCAGGAGCUGGAGAUCCAGGUGGGGGAACAUCUGGAGAAUAUGCUGGGAAUCGUGCGGUUGCAAGUCUACUCCAUGCUGUCGACUUUACGAACCACAAACAAUAACCUCAGUGCGGACUGGGCCAGCGAUCCUACAACUGUCAACGCGUACCACACAUUCCAGUCCAACGCUAUCACUAUUCCAGCAGCAAUUCUGGACUUUCCAUUCUACGACCUAGGAGUUGAGGCACUGAAUUACGGGGCCAUAGGGACCAUCCUGGCUCACGAAGUCACUCACGGCUUUGAUGAUACAGGUCGUCAGUACGACCCGAGAGGUGAACUGGUGCCGUGGUGGACCAACAGAACAGUGGAGGCAUACAGUAACCGCACACAGUGCUACAUCAACCAGUACAGCGCCUACGAGGUUCCGGAAGUCAGCAAAAAGGUGGAUGGAGAGCAGACGCUGGACGAGAACAUCGCAGACAACGGGGGGCUGCUGGAGGCGUUCGUGGCCUACCAACUGUACCUCAUACGCAACCGUAAUGAGGAUGGCGUGCUGCCUGGAUUCCAGAACUUCACUCAUAACCAAAUGUUCUUCAUCGGAUAUGGAAACAUGUGGUGCACAGCGAGCACGCCCCGAGGCCUCAAGUGGGCCCUGGAGGACGAGCACGCGCCCAACCACGUGAGGGUGCAGGGCACGCUCUCCAACCUGCCCAACUUCGCCGAGGCCUUCAGCUGUCCAAAUGGGUCGCGCAUGAACCCUAACAACCGCUGCAAGCUCUGGUAG